AUGGAUAUUUUAUAUUUAUUGGCGAUGAGUCAUCACGCAUAUAAUUAUAAAAUUCGUGAGUUGUGAUCGAAUUUGGCGGGCUUUGUUCAGUUGUUGACGUUUACUACUUUGCUGAUAUUGAAUUAGUGCCCGAGCCCAAAGGUAAAAACAAGUAUUGGUAUCAACCUUUAUGCGUGAGGUCAUGGUCGAGUAUCACGUAAAAUUGCUGUAACGAACGACGCGGGAAACCCAUGCAAAAAACCUUUCCAGAAUGCAGAUUUCAUGCAUCAUAAUUUAUUUGUCGUUCAAAGUUAGAUAUAAAGGAACAACGAAACUGAAAUUUAGUGUCGCGCAAUUGCUAUAAUACCAAUCAAAGUUUGCAUUCAACGUUGUGGCCCAAAAAUGUGCUCAUUUAUAUAUACGAUGAAUUAAUAACAAAUCGAGAAGUUAAUAUAGUAAUUAAAUUGUUGUUAUAUACAGUAGUGUGCGAUAAAUCACGGUCAAAACAGUGAAAUCUCUCACAUUGUGAUUGAUAAAUAUUGAUCAUGAAGGUCCACACACACCGGACGCGAUUCGACAACGCGACGCGAUUUCUUAGUUUUUGAAAGUUAAUAAAACAGCCAAUGAGGGAAAAUUUUAAAAGAUAUGUAGACCAAAUAACUCAAAAUUUUAUAGCGAUUCUAAAUAUUUGGAAAAUUUAAACCAGGAUCAAAGUCAGUGAAAAUCGAAAAAUCGCGUCGCGUUGUCGAAUCGCGUCCGGUGUGUCUCGACCUUGAGGCUACAAAUGCAGUCUGAAAUUAGACGGACGAAUAAAAAAUAUAAACCCGUUUGGUCGCACUUAAUUACCACAUAUUCUUACGAAAAUCACGAAAUUUUUACUUUACUGUGAAUAGUGGUAAAAUCGAGUUUCAUUGUUCAUACAAAACCAAUACUUUAUUAGAAUUUGGACGUGGCCCCGCCCCCUUGUAUCUUCGAGGCUGCUCCAUUGACUGUUCGGAGUACUCCGGAUUUUCGGAACACUAAUUAAAUCGAACCAAUAAUGGUCACAUGACUGUUGUAACGGUCACAUGACUGUUCUGGCUGCCCCUACUUGAGUAGGUAAUUGAAUAGGUGAAAUUGAGAUAGUAUUGUCUCAAUUUCCGUUCAGUGACUUCCGUUGAGGUUGUUGGGCGUUUGCCGAUUCAUGCUCUGUUGACAGUGUUGUGUUGUUCGAUUCUUGAGCUGUUGGAUUGUACGUUGAGCUGUUGGAUUGUACGUUGCGCUGUUGGUUUGUUAGGCUGUUUGUUGGGUUUGUUGGGCUCUUGGCGAACUUGUGGCUUCACAUUGAAGAACAUUUGCCCGCCACGUUUUUUUACAAAGUUCGCGAUCAUAAAUACCAUCAUACGACAUCACCGCCCCACUUUACAAAUUUGUUUGUAGUAAAAGAAAAUUAAGUUUCGGUAAUGCGAUUGUUUAGCGAAAAUAUCACUUAUUUCUUUUUGUUCGCUCUGGCAGAACAAAUUCAUCUGGUGUGAAUUCCCAGUUCAAUACCCCAUUCUUAAUCGAAAAUGAAUAACAGCACUUCCGUUGGGCUGUUGGUCCCAACAAGAAUCCCAACAGAAACAAGCCACCCCUGAAGGAAGUGUAGGGAGAUCUAAUGAAGUGUUUGGUGGUCUAAGGAAGUCUGAAGGAUAUUAAAUGUUUGGGAAUUGGGACAUUCCAUGGGAAUUGUCACUGAUAAUUAUAAAAAUACUGUUCUUUAAUUUUCGAUUUCUAUAGCUACAGCGGAAAAUGCUGAAUCUGAUGAGGUACGUUGCAAAAUUAUUCAUGAUGAAAUUGACAUUGUGCAAAGCCAAUCCAAUCACCCCACCAGAAUUUUUGCAGUUACAAAUCUAAUACUGGAAAUUAAAUCAUUGUUUUUUAGUUACGUUUAUUAUAAACCUCUGCUCGUGGUAUUUAAAAAUUUAAACAACAGCUAAUUGUUAUCGGUUGAUUGUGUAUACCUUUAGAUUUCAUAUCAAAAAAGUCAAGUUAAUGAGCAGGAAGUCAAUGAUUCUGUUGUAGCUUGGAAUACUCAGAAAGUAUCGAAACGACGUGUUCUUGAACACCCAAUGUAAGUUCUCUCACCGUAAGUUCUGUUCUUAUACUGUAGUUAUAGUUUCUGCGUGUGCAUAAUAUAAAGAGAGACUUGAAAAGUAAAACAAUUUAUGCAUUUGAAAUCUUCAGAGUUGCGUUUAAUUUCUUCAUUCUGUAAGCAGUGGCGUAGUCAGGGUUUACAAAUUGAGGAGGGGGCGACAAGUUGAGGGCCAAAGGCGGGAACAAUGUAGGGGGGUCGGGGGCAUGCUCCCCCAGAGAAAAUGUUGAAAUUCAGAGCCACUGAAACGCCAUUUCGUGCAUUUUGGGGUGAAAUUUUACAAAAUUCAAAAGAUUAUAACAUCAUAAUUCGGUCAAAAUGCCUGCGUCUUCAGUUAUUAGAUAACGAAUAACAAGCUGGUCAUAAAAUCGGAUCAGUGUUAGCCCCCCCCCCCCAGUUUCUCAACGGAUUUAAACAUAUCUCGAAGGUGCAUGGUUCUGGAGGAGAGUGGGGGACUCGUCCCUCCCAUGCGCUCUCCCUUACCGCUCAGUUAUAGGCCUGGGUAACUUCCCUAGCUGUACUUCAAACCUCAUGGAAAUAGAGUUUGGUUGCUAAUCUCCUGUGCUUUGAAAGACUUUUUGCGGGCCCUUCAGUUUUCCUCUCACACAAAAACCUAAUCGUGCACUAGGCCUUAGUUGUCGAGAAUAUCAUGAGCCUUUCCCUUGUAUGAAUUAUGCAACCACACCCUGUGUAAUCGACAUUAUCAUUAUUAUUGAUUCAGUUGACUGUUGUAUUUUGUAGUUUACCUAAAAAUGGUGAAAAGAACGUCCUCAUUACUUCAGCACUUCCUUACGUGAACAAUGUUCCUCAUUUAGGAAACAUUAUUGGUUGUGUUUUAAGUGCGGAUGUAUUUGCAAGGUAAUGC